CAGGGGGAAGAAGGCGGGGGCAGCGGGCGCUCCGGGACGAGCCUCCCGUGGGUCCCCGCCCCCGUCACGUGGGCUCCAGACCCUGCAGCUGCCGCUCGGUCCGCUGGUUGGUGGGUCAGUUGGUCGGUGGGUCAGUGGCCUGCAGCUCGACUAUCGGCUCUCAUGUUCGAAGGUGGGUGGGACACGGGAGCGGCCCGCACACCUGAGCCGCCUGGAGAGGAGCUCCGCACCCAGUGAGAGAAGGCAGAGAUUAAGCAGGAGGAAGGAGUCAUGGCUUCUGAUGCCAGUCACGCACUGGAAGCUGCCCUGGAGCAGAUGGACGGGAUCAUUGCAGGCACUAAAACAGGUGCAGAUAUUAGCGAUGGUAACUGUGAGCCUGGACUGGCCUCCCCCGCGCCCUACAUGAACCCCUUCCCAGUGCUCCGUCUCGUCGAGGACCUGAGGCUGGCCCUGGAGAUGCUGGAGUAUCCUCAGGAGAAAGCAGCCCUCCUGAGCCAGAUCCCAGGCCCCACAGCUGCCUACAUAAAGGAGUGGUUCCAGGAGAGCUUGUCCCAGGUAAACCACCAUGGUGCUGCUAGUAAUGAAACAUACCAGGAACGCUUGGCACGUCUAGAAGGAGAUAAGGAGUCCCUCAUAUUACAGGUGAGUGUCCUCACAGACCAAGUGGAAGCCCAAGGGGAGAAGAUUCGGGACCUGGAAGUAUGUCUGGAAGGACACCAGGUGAAACUCAAUGCUGCUGAAGAGAUGCUUCAACAGGAGCUGCUAAGUCGCACAUCUCUUGAGACUCAGAAGCUCGAUCUGAUGGCCGAGGUGUCUGAGCUGAAGCUCAAGCUGGUCGGCAUGGAGAAGGAGCAGAGAGAGCACGAGGACAAGCAGAGAAAAGCCGAGUCGGUUCUGAAUGUUAUCAGUGAGCUGCAGGAGCAGAUGUGUAGGCUGCAGCUGGACAUCCACAGGCAGAUUCAAGAGCGUCUCUUACUCAGUAGGGACCACCCUGAGGAGGUGGCAGCUGGUGACGGUGUGACUGAGCCCCAGGCCUGCAACCAGGAAUGUGCCCAUUGGGAGGGGUCACCUGUAGGAACCACUCUUAAGUAUAUCAGAGCAUGUGUGUGGGAGACCACUAAGGCUGAGGUAGCCCAGCUGCAAGAGCAGGUGGCCCUGAAGGAUGCAGAAAUUGAGCGUCUGCACAGCCAGCUCUCCCGGGCUGCAGCUCUCCAUGGUGACCAUGCAGAAAAAGACCAAGAAAUUCAACGUCUGAAAAUGGGGAUGGAAACUUUGGUUGUUGCCAAUGAAGAUAAGAACCGCCGGAUAGAGGAGCUCACAGGGCUGCUAAACCAGUACCGAAGGGUGAAGGAGAUUGUGUUGGCAACUCAAGGGCCUUCAGAAAGAAGUCUCACAAUCAAUGAGGAAGAACUGGAGGGAAGUUUCAGAAAGUGGAACACUACAAAUAAAGGCCCUGAAGACUUAUUUAAACCAGAGCUCUCUUGUUUAUUUCUUUGCUUCCCUAUAACUCUGGUGGGCUGGACUUGGGCCUCUCUUGCUUCUUCAUGUGGCUUCUCUGCUUCUUGGUUGGCUGGAGAUCGUGGCCGGAGUGUCAGUGCCCCCGUAUUAGGAGACACAGAAAGUGGCUGGGAUGACACUACUAUGGCCAAUGACCUCUCAUCCACAUCAUCUGGUACUGAGUCGGGCCCACAGCCUCCCCUGACACCAGAUGGUAAACGGAGUCCCAAAGGCAUCAGGAAAUUCUGGGGCAAGAUCCGAAGAACUCAGUCAGGAAAUUUCAACACCGAUGCACUGGGGGUGGCGGAGUUUCGACGAGGUGGGCUCCGAGCGACUGCAGGGCCCAGACUCUCUAGGACCAGAGACCCCAAGGGUCAGAAAAGUGAUGCCAAUGCCCCCUUUGCCCAGUGGAGCACAGACCGCGUGUGUGUGUGGCUGGAGGACUUCGGCCUGGCUCAGUAUGUGAUCUUUGCCAGGCAGUGGGUGACUUCUGGUCACACUUUACUGACAGCUACCCCUCAGGACAUGGAAAAGGAGCUAGGAAUUAAGCACCCUCUUCAUAGGAAGAAGCUGAUUUUAGCAGUGAAAGCCAUCAACACCAAGCAGGAGGAGAAGUCUGCGCUGCUAGACCACAUUUGGGUGACACGUUGGCUCGAUGACAUUGGCUUGCCCCAAUACAAAGACCAGUUUCAUGAAUCCAGAGUUGAUGGACGUAUGCUGCAAUACCUAACUGUGAAUGACUUACUCUUCUUAAAAGUCACCAGCCAACUACAUCAUCUCAGCAUCAAAUGUGCCAUUCAUGUGCUGCAUGUCAACAAGUUCAACCCCCACUGCCUGCACCGGCGGCCAGCUGAUGAGAGUAACCUUUCUCCUUCAGAAGUUGUGCAGUGGUCCAACCACAGGGUAAUGGAGUGGUUACGAUCUGUGGACCUAGCAGAGUAUGCGCCCAACCUUCGUGGGAGUGGCGUCCAUGGAGGUCUCAUUAUCCUGGAGCCACGCUUCACCGGGGACACCCUGGCUAUGCUUCUCAAUAUCCCACCACAAAAGACGCUCCUCAGACGUCACCUAACUACCAAAUUCAGUGCCCUAAUUGGUCCUGAGGCUGAACAGGAAAAGCGAGACAAAAUGGCCUCACCAGCUUACACACCACUGACAACCACAGCCAAAGUCCGGCCAAGGAAACUAGGAUUUUCACAUUUUGGAAACAUAAGAAAAAAGAAGUUCGAUGAAUCAACGGACUACAUUUGCCCGAUGGAGCCCAGUGACAAUGUCAGUGACAGUCACAGGGUCUACAGUGGCUACCGGGGCCUCAGCCCCCUUGAUGCAUCUGAAGUGGAUGGGCUGGACCAGACUAUGCUGAGCCAGGACCAGCUGCUGAACGACUCUCGCCUGGCCGCUCCCAAUUCUGAAGACUGGAGAUGACUUCUUCAUGGCUGGGAGCCCAGAGAGGCACGUGCGGGGGCCCCGAGGCUUUGCUUCAAUGGGGAGCUGGCACACAGCCAACUGCAGAGCCCAGAUUGGGGCAGGCAGGGCAUCUCGGACGCUGGUGCCGACGGGAGGGAAGUGAGGAGGCUGUGGACAGAUGUCCAGGAGGUGGCCCCAGCGCCCCUAUGUUUUCAACCAUGCUGUGCUCUUCACCACAGCUUUUAUACUUUUUGUACUUUUAUACAUGGACUGCAGACCACUUUUGUGGGGAGGGCGAUGAGAUGUCAGCGCAGGCUCAAUGGCUCAUGCUGUUCCUGGUGACAGCUGGGAGGCUCUUACACCAAAGGGGAGGGGCCGAGUUCAUAAAAGCUCUGCUGGAAACCA